AUGAUGUUUUGGACAGCCUCGUCGUGCGGACUGGUCUUGGUUCUAUCUCUUGCACAAAUCUUACGUGUCAGAAGACGGUUGGCUUACGCAGUAGCUGGUCAAGUUCACUUAGAUCAGCAUAGACGAUUUCUAAUGUUCUUUUUUUUUUAUUAUGGUUUAAUACACCUAAAUUAA